AUGGCAAUCCAGUCGUUAUCUCCUUUGACAAGCUUUUUCCUUUUCAUCUUCACCUUUUGCACGCUCGUUACAUCCCAGGCAGCAUCUUUCGACGAUCGAAAGGUUUAUAUUGUCUAUAUGGGUGAUAUUCCCAAUGGGGAAUUCUCUGCAGAAAAACUUCACACUAACAUCCUAGAACAAGUUCUUGGCAGUGGUGGAUCAAGCUCUUUGCUCCAUAGCUAUCGUAGGAGCUUUAAUGGAUUUGUUGCCAAGUUGACCGAGGAUGAUGCUAAAAAAUUAGCCAAAAUAAAAGGGGUUGUCUCGGUGUUCCCUAGUCAAAAGAAGCAGCUUCACACGACAAGAUCAUGGGAUUUCAUGGGUUUUUCCCGACAUGUUAGAAGAACAAGACAUGAAAGCGAUAUAAUCAUUGGAAUGUUAGACACCGGAAUUUGGCCGGAAUCCGAAAGCUUCAAUGACGAAGGAUUUGGUCCACCUCCGAAGAAAUGGAAAGGAACUUGCCAAGAAUCAUCAAAUUUCACUUGCAACAAUAAAAUCAUCGGAGGCCGUUACUAUAGGGCGGAUAAAUCUUUCAUUCCGACGGAUAUCCGAUCACCUAGAGACUCGGAAGGCCAUGGAUCACAUACAUCGUCAAUAGCAUCCGGUGCCUUAGUCUCCAAGGCAAGCUUAUCUGGUCUUGCAUUAGGGACAGCUCGAGGAGGGGUUCCCUCGGCUCGAAUCGCAGUCUACAAGAUAUGUUGGUCGGAUGGUUGCCCUGAUGCAGAUAUUCUUGCAGCAUUUGAUGAUGCAAUCGCUGAUGGAGUCGACAUAAUCUCGCUUUCCGUCGGAGGGUCUUUUGCCGUGGAUUAUUUCAAUGAUGUCAUUGCCAUCGGAGCUUUCCAUUCAAUGAAAAACGGAAUCCUCACAUCAAAUUCUGCUGGCAAUUCAGGCCCUGAUCUUGCAACCGUCACAAACGUUUCACCUUGGUCUCUCUCGGUGGCUGCAAGUACCAUUAAUAGAAAAUUUGUCACUGAGGUGAUGUUGGGUAAUGGUGAAAUUUAUAAGGGAAUAUCUAUAAAUACAAUUGAGCUCAAAGAUAAGAUGUUCCCUCUCAUAUAUGGUGGAGCAGCCCCAAAUAUUAAAGACGGAUAUGAUAGCUCCGAAUCCAGGUAUUGCUGGGAAGACUCGUUGGAUAAGGCCUUGGUAGCUGGAAAAGUUGUUCUUUGUGAUGAAGUAAAUAAUGGUGAAGGUGCAAUAUCUGCAGGGGCUAUUGGUGCUAUAAUGGAGGGUUACUUAGAUACCGCCUACAAUUUUCCGUUGCCUGUUUCGUGCUUGGGGCCCGAUAACAGAACUGAAGUCUUGACCUACUUGAACUCGACAAGAAAACCAACUGCAACAAUAUUCAAGAGUAUUCAAGAAAGGGAUGAACAAGCACCGUAUGUUAUUUCAUUUUCAUCAAGAGGGCCUAAUCCUAUUACAUACGACAUUCUCAAGCCGGAUUUAACCGCACCUGGAGUCGACAUCUUGGCGGCCUGGUCUCAAGGAACAACCGUAACCGGUUUAAAAGGUGACAACAGAGUAGUUCCAUACAACAUAAUCUCCGGUACAUCAAUGUCUUGCCCUCAUGCAACCGCUGCGGCGGCCUACGUCAAAUCAUUUAAUCCGACGUGGUCGCCUGCUGCUAUUAAAUCUGCCCUAAUGACAACAGCUGUUCCAUUAAGUCUCGAGACCAACACCGACGCCGAGUUCGCAUUCGGAUCCGGCCAUAUGAUUCCUUCAUCGGCACUUGAUCCCGGGUUGGUUUACGAUGCUGGAGAGAUCGAUUAUGUUAAAUUUUUAUGCGGACAAGGAUACAACACUACUACUCUUAGACUCGUUACCGGAGAUGGAAGCAGAUGUUCCAAAGCCAUUAAUGGGACUGCAUGGGAUCUCAAUUAUCCAUCGUUUGCUUUAUCUGUUGUCCCUGGGAAAUCUACCAUUCGAGUCUUCCAUAGAACAGUAACUAAUGUUGGAUCGGGUGUUUCGGCUUAUAAGACAAUGGUGAACGCUCCUUCAGGACUCGAAAUCGGUGUCGAACCAAACGUGCUCGGAUUCAAGGCCAUCGGGGAGAUGAAAUCAUUUGUUGUGAAAGUCAAAGCUAAAAUUGACAACAACAGUACGAACAUGAUGGCUUCUGGUUCUUUGAUUUGGGAUGAUGGGGUGCAUCAAGUGAGAAGUCCAGUUGUUGCAUUUGCUGUCCAAGAAGAAUGA